UCCAUGGUGCUCUACUGCAACAUGGGGGGUGAGCUGGAUACCGAAUACAACUACGUGAACUACAACAUCAUGAAAGGCCCUGAACAUUGGCAAGCGACUGAGGAAGCAUUUGCGGAUAUCAAGUUUCACCAGAAGAUGAUGCCAGGGGUCAUCAUAGCAGCAGCAGCCACUGCUGUAUACCUCGUCUUCGUCUUCGCGUUGCUGAAACCACAUAAAUACUCAAACCCAGAGGCUGGAGAGCUCAUCCAUCGACAGACACUCCUGCGCAUUGCUGCUUCUAGCAUCAACAGGAACAGCAGGAACUGGGACUCUAUCAGGAAUCAGCUGGUGGAGUGGCACCACGAGGUGGACCAGGAGAGGCUGCGCAGGCUGGCUGAUGAUGGACCGGCGUCCCCUAGACAACGCUUCAACAAGAUUACCGAUUACACUCUCCUUAUGAAGGUCGGGCUUGCCAUCGCUAUAUUCUGCGCGAUUUUCUUUGUAAGGCGGUAUCGCUUGUUCGGGUUAGGUGGAUUGUCAAUAGCUUUGAUAGUGGUGGCCUGUAUGGGAUAUCUGUUAAUACUUUUGAACCCGCCAGACAUGAACAGUCUACUUAGGAGAUUCCAAUGGGUGACAAUCAUUGGAUUGAUUUCUAUAUUUUUCAUAGAAAGGUCUCUUGAAACGAUGCGCUUGAAUAAGAGAAUAUUUCAAUUUCUAUGGUCAACGGUCCCCGCGGACAAAGCAGCUGUCCCUUUCACCGUUAUGAGGUACCUGCAAUGGAGCUCUUUCGCGUUCAGCGCAAUUUUCAACAACUUCGGUGCGGUGACCACGAUGCGGAAGGUGGCCGUACGGUUUGGAGACAUGUUACCUGAUCGACUGACAGACAUGGUGUAUGCAGUCACCUUCGGUUGUAACGUCGGAGGGUCAGCGACUGCCCUGGGCACCGGUGUGGCGAUCGCGUGUCUGGCUUCAGCCUCCCAACAAGGAUACCACAUCAGCGGCUGCAAGUACAUGAUCUUCAUGCUGCCAAUAACCCUGAUCAACAUGAUCUGUGUCUACUUCAUCUGGGCUGGGGUCAUAGGCUAAACCAUGAUAUAAGAAGACCACUAGGCUCUGCACGGCAACCGCGCCGCGCGCGGCGCGAAUUAUAUUGAGCGCUUGGACCAAUAGG